AUGGUGUACCGUUUUUCCUUUACGAAGGCUAUCCAAAAUGUUCUCGCGCAUACGAGCUUACAUGGUGUGUUCCAUCUUGUCCAUAAACGAAGCACGUACAUUGAAAAAUUGAUAUGGUUUGGGAUCAUUUCGAUGGCACUGUUCGCCGGAUGUUACAAUGUUGGAAGUUUCUGGGUUCGCUACUGGACCAACCCCACCGUGAUAGCACUGGAUCGCGACUAUCAUCUAUGGAAUACUACAUUUCCCAGCCUUACCGUGUGUUUCCAGAAGCGACUAAAUGAACAGGCGCGAGACGAAAUGUUGGCUAGUAUUGAUCCUGAGCUAGCACCUAGAUAUGGGGAAUUUAUUGAAACGCUUCUGGAGAGCGAUAUCGAAAAUGUGGGUCGCUUGGCUGAGUUUGAUGAGUUCGAAGGAGUCGAUUUGAGGGAGCUACUGAACGAGCUUACCGAUCGACCGAACGCUAUCAUCACGAUGGAGGGUGAUCUGCAGGGCACAUUGAUACGAUCGUUAACGGAAAUGGGCAUAUGUUACACGUUCAACACGGCUAUUGGUAGGUACCUGAGCAUAGACACGUUUACCGGAGACGAAAAGCUGUACGAAGUUAGUGUUUUCAACGGGGAAGCUUCAGCAACGAUAUCCAACUGUACGUCUAACGCUAAUAUUUACUUCCACAGUCCAUACGAAAUGCCGACGAUCAGGAAAUCGCUUUUAGUCGAGCGUGGGUUUUUCACAUUUACCAAAAUGGACUUCAACGCACUUGCCAUCACUUCCGUUCGUGCUUUGAGAAGCUUGAGCAUAAAGCAGCGGAAGUGUCGAUUUCCGCAUGAGUCAAACCUGAAGUUCUUUCCAGAGUAUUACUCCUAUGGGCUAUGUCUACUCGAGUGUAAAUUCUACUUGUUCCUGAAGCACUGCGAUUGUAUUCCGUACUUUUAUCAAAUAGCAGAUCCCUCAAGAUAUUGUAAAUUAACGCAGUUAGCGUGUGUGGAGCUGUACCAAAGCUACAUUUCCUUUCUAACGGCUGACGAACUGCGGGAAAUCUUCGGUGCUUGUAAUUGCAUGAAAAACUGUGACGAUGUCACGUUCACGCUGCAGCAGUACGGUUCAACUUUCUGGUUCAAUGAUCCAGUUAUUAAGUGGAGCAUUCGCAUCCCAAAAAUACGCUACAGCCGGAGGAUCAUCUACGACUUUAUCGACGCGAUGGUUUCUACAGGAAGCAUAUUGGAGUUUUUCUUCGGUUUCAGCAUCAUCACACUGAUCGAGCUUGCAUACUUUUCGAUGAGAAAUUUAAUUUUGUCAUGUCUUCGCAUCAAAAAGAUACGCACAAUGUGCAAACGCAAACAAAGAAAAGUAAAAAAUGUUACGCAUCAGGCUAUCAUUAAAAAGACACCGCACAAUGCAGUAGCGGUGAAGUAA